AUGUCGAACGCCGAACUUGCUUCGUCCUACGCGGCGCUCAUCCUCGCCGAUGAAGGCAUUGAGAUCACUGCCGACAAGCUCCAGACCCUCAUCAAGGCCGCGAAGGUCGAGGAUGUCGAGCCCAUCUGGACUUCCCUGUUCGCCAAGGCUCUUGAGGGCAAGGACGUGAAGGACCUUCUGUCCAACGUCGGCUCCGGUGGCGGUGCCGCCGCCGCCCCCGCCGCUGGUGGUGCCGCUGCUGGCGGUGCCGCUGAGGCCGAGGCUGAGGCGCCGAAGGAGGAGGAGAAGGAGGAGUCGGACGACGACAUGGGCUUCGGUCUUUUCGAUUAA